GGAGGGAGGGGGUGUAUCCGGCAGACGUUAACCUACGAACUCGCCCGACAACCGUUACGACGGCGAUGAGAUGUGUUGACCGGCGACGAACAUUAUUAUGUAGGGAUCGCUUUGACGUAAGUCAUGGGGAUUUUUUGCGACGACGCCGUUUUGAUCCAGAAAGGGAACAAGCCCGGCGAACCAUGCUCCAUCACCAUCAACUGUCCUGAUAAAGCCGGGCUUGGAUGCGAUCUCUGUAGAAUAAUACUCGAAUUCGGGCUCUGCAUUGCCAGAGGAGAUUUCUCAACUGAUGGGAGAUGGUGUUACAUUGUGUUUUCCUUUGUUCCAUGCCCUAGCUCGCUCAAAAUUGAUUGGGAAAGCUUAAAAAACCGGCUUCUAUCUGCAUGUCCUUCACCUUUAUUUUCAUACUGCUUCAAUCAGCAGGAUGGUUCAUCCCCUUCUCCGGUUUAUAUGCUAAAGCUUUUUUGCCUUGACCGAAAUGGGUUGUUACAUGAUGUCACCAAAGUCCUCUCUGAGCUUGAGUUUACAAUUGAAAGAGUAAAAGUGAUGACAACCCCUGAUGGCAGAGUCUUGGACCUUUUCUUCAUCACGGAUGGCAUGGAGUUACUACACACAAAGAAGAGGCAAGACGACACAUGUGCUCAUCUGCUUGCUGUUUUGGGGGAAUUUAAUGUCAUCUGUGAAAUUCAGUUGGCAGGGCCUGAAUAUAGAAGUCAGCAGGGCUGCUCUUCACUGUCACCGGAGAUUGCAGAAGAACUAUUUGGCUCUGAGCUAUUAGACAAUAAGUCAAAUAUGACUAAACUUGAGAACGGCACUAUUACUGUAGAUAAUUUUCUGAGUCCAGCUCAUACCUUGCUUCAAAUACAAUGUCUUGAUCAAAAAGGCCUCUUCUAUGACAUUAUGAGGACUUCAAAAGACUGCAAUAUUCAGAUUGCCUAUGGUCGAUUCAAUCCAAGUGUGAAAGGCUACCGCAAUAUGGAUCUAUUCAUCCAGAAAACAGAUGGGAAAAAGAUAAUAGAUCCAGAGAAUCUGGCUUCUUUGUGUUCUCGUCUCAAGGAGGAGAUGCUUCACCCAUUGCGAGUUACUAUUACCAACAGGGGACCAGACGCCGAACUCCUGGUUGCCAAUCCAGUGGAGUUAUCUGGGAAGGGAAGACCCCGCGUUUUCUAUGAUGUUACAUGCACUCUAAAAACAUUAGGGAUAUGCAUUUUCUCGGGGGAAAUUGUUAGGCAUUCAACGUCGAAUCGGGAAUGGGAAGUGUACAGAUUCCGUUUGGAAGAAAGCGUUGAGUUUCCAUUAACAAGUAGUCGAAGUAGAAGUCAGAUUAUUAAUAGGGUUAAAAGGACAUUGAUGGGCUGGUGACCUUCAUCACCACCCUCCUGCCUUACUGGGUUGUGGCGCAAGUCUUUCUGCUCUCUCUGCUCUGUCCAUUAUUAACGUCUCAUGAUGCUGCUUUAAUUGUAAUUUCUUACUAUCCUUAAAUAAUAUUAAGGAAAUUCUCUCAAUAAAAAAGUUUCCAUGCUCUCAUUUUUAUUGUCA